GUGGAAUUCCAGUAGAGUCUCCUUUCCAUCUCGAUUCGACUUUUUCCUUGACUAAAUUCGAGAAAAGGAUCGGUGCUGAAAUACAAUUUUUGAGAGAGAAUUGAAUCGAGUUUCAUGGCUUUAUGGAGUGCAAGUUUCAGGAUUUUCGGUUUCAUGUAACAUUUGGCUAAUGACAGAUGUGAAUGAUCCUAAAGCGGAUUCCGGGCUUGCUAUCAAUAUUACUAACCAAUGGAAGAAUAGUAGUACAGCUGCAGGCGCAGGUGCAAAUGCAAAUUCAAGAGUUGAUCUAAUGACGUUUGUUGGAUCAGAUACAUUAGCCGAGCUAGUUUGGUCUCCGGGAACAGGAUUAAGCAUCAAAUUUGCCGAAAAGAAACCUUGUUUUACGUGUGAAGUUGGUCCAAGCAAUAUGGGGUUUUUACAGUCUGAAGACACUCAAGAUCAAAAACACGUCAAUUCUUCAAGCACAGUCGAAACAUCGACAAGCAGAAGUCAUGGCCACGCAGGUCUACAAAACCAAAGAACAAGCGUUCCAUCAUCGGAACGCUUGUUUGUAGACGGAAUGACUAGUGGUGUUGACAAGUCGGGUUCCGAUAUUAUAUCACCUUUGAAGAUUGAAGCCUCGGCUCAAUGUGGGCCCCACGAACACGUGGAAAUGGCUAAAAUGGACAAAGACGGUUGCUCUAGCGACCCUUUUCGUGAAAAUGCACAAGAUGUUGAACAGGCCGAUUUCUUUCCAGGUGAAGAUAGAGAAGGAUCGAUUUAUUGUCGAGAAAAGGAUCAGAAACACGAGGUUGAGAGCCACGGAAGCAUGGAAAGUUGCAAAAAUGCUACUUCUGUUGCCAAAAGAAAGAGGAGAUUGAGGUUGGAAGAACAAUUGAUUCUUGGAAGCAAAAGAAUCAAGAAACAAGCUGAUCAUGAUCAAUGCAUGGUUAAAGAAGACAAAUCUUUCGUGAAUUGGAUGUCGAACAUGCUGAAAGGCUUAAAGGAGUACAAGAAUUAUGAUCAGAGAAUGAGUGUCUCCAAAGAAAUCGACAAAUGUGGCCGUGGAUCGAUUGACUGUUUGGAGAUUGAAGAGAAAGAGAUUAAGGGUGUUGUGGAACACAUAAGUUUAUAUGAAAGAGUAACUAAAGAAGCACCAAAAGGAAUGUUCGACACCAUAAGGAGGCUUAGGUUAUCACGUACAGAUAUCAUGAAAUGGACAAAUUCCCGAUUGUCGGUUGCGCAUUUAGAUGGGUUUUUUGUACGUUUGCGGCUUGCAAAAUGGGAAGAGGGAGCUGGGGGAUCGAGGUACUAUGUUGCCUGCGUAACAGGAUUACGAGGAGAAACCCCAUUGAAAGGUUUCAAGCAAUCUAUUCGUGUUAAAGUAGGACGUCUCGAAUGCUUUGUCGAAAGUCAAUAUGUCUCUAAUUGCGACUUCCUUGAGGACGAACUCAUAGCAUGGUGGCAAGAAACGUCGAAGAAUGAAGGAAUUCCAGGUGUGAAAGAUUUGAAAUCCAAACUAGCUGAAAGGAGAACAUUGGGUCUAUAAGUUCAUGGUAACAUUCUCUUGAUAAUUCGGGUACAAUUUUUUUUGGAAUUUGCGAGAUCGAGAAUCUUGGUGGAUCAGGCAAUGCAGGUCUCCGAAGUCAUGAAUUCAUUUGGGUUGGCUUCUUUUUAUACAACGUUAAAUUAUCGAGUGAAAUUUUUGUGUGUUUACAUGUUAAAACCUAAGAGUGUGGCUUAAAACGGGGUUUUGACAUCAUGGUUAUGAAGAAAAAGAGUGUAUUUUUGUUUGGUUGCUUAUUUGAGAGCAAUUUUUAUGUGUAAUAGACUUGAAGAAUUGAAAAAUUAUCGGUUUUUGUUCGUAUUACUGUAAAAAUACGAGAAUGAUACAAACAUGGUUUUUUAUGA